CCCCUCCCCCUGCCGAAGAGUGGAGCUCCUGGGAGAAUGGCUAUCUGCCUAUCAUUUUUGACUGGCUCGAGAGUGCCCUUCUAACAUCUGUGCCACUUGUGUCUUCUGUCUCAGGCUGCCUGACCUCUUGACGAUGACGCAGCAGAUGACACAACUCCUGUGUGGCGUGCAACAACUUAUAGCAGUGCAGCGGCAAUCAACUUCCCCUGCUGCCUUCGGCCCAAUGGACCGACCAACCUGCACACCACCAUACAGAGCCUUCAAUCAAGAGGAAGAAACUUGGCAAGAGUAUAUGGCCUUACUCGAAUCGCACAUGGCAACACACCAACACCCAGACCCAUAUGCAGCCUCACCCCGGUUCCUCGUUGGUGGACGUCCCUCACCGCCCCCACCGCCAUCGCCGCUGCAGGCGCCAACCCCGAUGGAAGUCAACGCCAUUGCCCGGGCUGCUCCAGCCCGCUCUUCCGGACCGGACCUCCGUCGCCUCCACUUCGCAUGGGUCAUCGUCGCCCGAGGCUACAUCGCCAUCGUCUUCGAGAGUCAGGUCGCAUUCGUUGGGUCCGUCGUGGCUGCUGUGAGUUGCAUCCUUAGGGCUGUUUCGGCUGGUUCCGGCUCCAGCGCAGGGCAAAUGCCAGGACGCAGGAGUCGACAACCCCCAGCCUCACUAUGUUGGCUCCUGAUUACCUCACAGUAGCCACAACCCCCUUCGUCAUCAGGCCCUUGCAGCACCUGACAUCUUGGUGGCCUUUCAAGGGGGGAGGAAUGUUGUAUCCACGGACCCAACCAACCAACCAACUCACGCACGCGCGCCCUGACUGUGACAUUGCUGGCCACAGUUCCUGUCAUGGCCGUUGGCGUUUCAGGGCGUUACUGCCUAUAGAUGAUGUCGCGCCAUGGCUGAGCUCGGGUCUGCAGCGCCCUCUGCCAUUUGCAUAUAAGGAGGAGCACUGGCCCCGAGACGGACAGUCUAUUGUCGAUUGUCUAUUGCUAGCCUUUCGUGGUGUUUAUAGUGGAGCCAUUGCGGUGUGAUAUUUGCUAUUGUAUUCGACUAGGCUUAGAACACGGAUUACUCUUGGAUAUUACUUGGACUUGUAUUGCUGGUGCAUGUUUUGUUAGAAAUAAAGAUAAGUAUUCUCUUCA